CUUUUAUAACAACAUCAACAUGGCUGACCGUUUGACUCAACUCCAAGAUGUUGUCAAUCAGCUUGCAGAUCAUUUCUGCAACAGCAUUGGUAUUCUCCAGCAAUGUGCUCCAUCAAGUCCAUUUCCAGGUUUUGAAAGACCCGGUAAUAAAUCCCCUGCUGAAGCCCCUCAGGAAGAUUAUGCUGUCCUGUUCUCCAAGCUUAUUGCCCGAACUGCCAAAGAUAUAGAUGUUGUGAUAGAUUCUCUGCCAAGUGAAGAAUCAUAUAUGGAAUUACAACUGGCCAGCUUAAAGAAACUGGAAAUCGAGAACCAAGAUGCUGCCCAUAAACUGGAAGAGGUGGUGCACAAAGGGGAACUACUCUUGGAUCAAACGCAGCAGGCGCUGCACGACAUCGCCCAGUCGCAGCUGAAGAGCCAAGCGUUGGAGAGCAUGCUGUUAAACUGAACGGAUGUUUGUCAUUGUUGUUGUUAUGGGAUGGGAGGAAAAGGGAAUGGGAUGGGCGGCAAUGCAUGGCAGAAAUGGUAGUGUAUUGGACAAAAUGCCCUCUGUCUCGAGUUCAAAUCCCUCCAAGGUUGACUUUGCCUUUCAUCCUUAUUGAGGUUGAUAAAAUAAAGUACCAGUCAAGUACUGGGGUUGAUUAAAUCGACUCUACUCUUCUUUCAACAUUUCUGGCUUCGUGCCUAUGUUAGAUUUUUUUUUUUUUUUGGCAGAAGGGAGAUGAGAGAAUUUCCUGAAAGUUUUUUUGCAAGUAAAAUGAUUGUCAAACUUUGUGGCCAGACAGUUGUUUACAUUUUACAAAGUGAUGUAAAUCUGGCUUCUUCUGUGAAGAAAUAAAUUGUAUGGUGAGAAAUC